AUGGGUGAAAAAAGCGGUUGCUCUACAUGUUCCAGAAUUUUUUUAUCGUUUCUAAACAUAGCCAUGUUGUUGGCCGGUUUAUGUGUUAUUGGUCUAUCGUUAUGGCUUUGGUUUGAUAAAACAUUUGAGGAACAAAUUCGAAACAAUAUUUUAGCCGAAUACAGCAAUAACGCUGAGAUGAAUAACGUCAAAAAAGAUAUUCGACUUAGCAUAACCGUAUCGUUUUGGGUACUCUGUGGUACAGGUUUAGCAGCAGCACUUAUUGGUUUUAUUGGAACAUGCGGAGCACUAUGUGGAAGUAGAUGCGUAACUGGAUUCUACUUAGCACUUAUCAUUAUUCUAGUCUUGGCUGAAGUUGCAGUUGGAGUUUUCAUUCUUUUAAAAAAAAAUACUGAACCAUCAGUUUCUGGUUUACAUUUAUUUCAGCCAACAUGUACGGCUGCGGUUUGGGAUCGACUAGACUUUUCGUUUAUGAUUGCCGGCUUUGUACUCAUCGGAAUUGUUGCACUGCAAAUUCUUGCUGUAAUACUUGCAAUCAGUAUCAUCGUUACAGUAACAUCACGUUCAUAA